AUGUCAGGCUUUUGUAGGAGCGGGAGCAGUGGAGGGAGUGGGACGAAGUGCGGGCGUUGGAAUCCCACGGCGGAGCAGCUCAAGCUUCUGACUCACCUCUUCACCUCCGGUCUCCGAACCCCAAGCACCGACCAGAUCCAAAAGAUCUCCUCUCUCCUCAGCUUUUACGGCCACAUCGAGAGCAAGAACGUCUUCUAUUGGUUCCAGAACCACAAAGCCCGCGAACGCCUCAAACGCCGCAAACUCACUCCCUCUUCUUCACCCAAUAAUAGUGAUGGGAAUCAGGUGGCGCCGGAGCCGCAGAGAGUGAUGGAGACGCUUCAGCUCUUCCCCGUGGACUCGUUGGGCAGAUCAGAAGCGGGGAAGCUGAGGGCACAUGCUCAUGAUUGCAGGGACGAUCCCGCCGAACCAAUGGAAGCCCCUCCCUUGGAUCUCCGCUUGAGUUCUCUGUAA